CUCACAGAGCCAAACGUCCUUUAGAGAGCAUCAGACCUUUGGAUCAGAACACAGCCGUCCUUUUCUUUUUUUACCAUUUCUCCCAGUUUUCAUCUCAGUGUUCCCAUCAUUUCUGGAUCCUCUCCUCUGCUGACAUCACAGUGACAUCAUUGUCUGGCGGUCCUCACUUUUAUUCGGGAUGUUCUGGAUGUGAACAUGGAGUUUCCCUCCCAUCCACUGGUGGUGGAUACAUUCUCCAGUCCUCCCAGCACCACUGACCAGUUUCAGACCCACGCUGCCCAGCAGCUGAGCAGGCCGGGGCCACCGGAGAGUAGGGGGGCGGGUCUGGAGUCCCUGGAGCCUGCAGGAUUAGUUCCCGCUGGGACCCAGAGCACCUGACAGACAGCUCCAUGCUGUCCCCCCUCUAUCCGGACCAUGGCGGCUCGGUGGUGUGGCCCCAGACGUCGUCCUGCUCCUCCUCGUCUCAGGGCCUCCACCGGCCUCUACGCUGCCGUCCUCCCCCGAUCAGCGGGAGCAGCGUGGGCCCCAACCCCACCUACUACCACACUGUGUACGACGUCAGGGUGGAGCAGUACAGCGACCUUCCUUUUCUCAGUAACGGCGGUGGGUACGGGCUCCGAUCCAGCCGGGGGUCCGUGUCCUUGGUGACCAGUAACUCGGACCCCACGAUCCCUCUGAUCCGGAGGAGGGGGGGACUGGUGGACCACCGUGAUGUCAUCCUGGCUCAUCAGGCGCACAAGAGGCACAACACACCUCAGGCCAAGAGGAAACAAUGGGAAAUGGCGCGUUUUGGAGACGAGCUACCCAACAGGUAUGGAGGAGGAGGAGGAGGUGGUGGUGGCGGUGGUGGCGGGGGUGCCGGCGGACAAGGGGGGCCCGGCCGCGGCGGCAGCAGGCAAGGGGGGCCCCCCGGAGCCCAGCGGAUGUACAAGCAGUCGAUGGCCCAGAGAGCCCGGACCAUGGCCCUGUACAACCCCAUACCCGUCCGGCAGAGCUGCCUAACGGUCAACCGCUCCCUCUUCCUCUUCAGUGAAGACAACGUGGUGAGGAAGUACGCCAAAAAGAUCACCGAAUGGCCUCCGUUUGAAUGGAUGAUCCUCACCACCAUCAUUGCUAACUGCAUCGUUCUGGCUCUGGAGCAGCAUCUUCCUGAUGGAGACAAGACGCCUCUGUCUGAGCGACUGGAGGAAACAGAGCACUACUUCAUAGCCAUCUUCUGUUUCGAGUCGGGGAUUAAGAUCCUGGCUCUGGGUUUUGCGUUACAUAAGGGCUCGUACCUGAGGAACGGCUGGAACUUGAUGGACUUUGUGGUCGUACUCACCGGCAUUCUGUCGUCAAUGGGGUCUGAUCUUGACUUGAAGACGCUACGAGCCGUCAGGGUGCUGCGGCCCCUCAAGCUGGUGUCUGGAAUUCCCAGCCUGCAGGUGGUGCUCAAGUCCAUCAUGAAGGCUAUGAUCCCCCUGCUGCAGAUCGGCCUGCUCUUGUUUGUGGCCAUCCUCAUGUUCGCCAUCAUCGGCCUGGAGUUCUACAUGGGAAAGUUUCACAAAACAUGCUACGACAUAGCCACAAAUGAGAUUGUGGACGAGUUAGCGUGUGGAACAGCAGAACCAUCCCGACUGUGUCAAAACGGUAGCGAGUGUAAAGACGGCUGGCUUGGACCCAACGACGGCAUCACCCAGUUCGACAACAUCCUGUUCGCCGUGCUCACUGUCUUCCAGUGCAUCACCAUGGAGGGAUGGACCGACAUGCUCUACCAUAGUAACGAUGUGGAGGGCAGCGCCUGGAACUGGAUGUACUACAUCCCCCUCAUCAUCAUUGGCUCCUUCUUCAUGCUCAACCUGGUGCUGGGUGUUCUCUCAGGUGAAUUUGCCAAAGAGAGGGAGCGAGUGGAGAACAGGAGUGAGUUCCUGAAGCUGAGGCGACAGCAGCAGAUUGAGAGAGAGCUCAACGGAUACCUAGAGUGGAUCUGCAAAGCCGAGGAGGUGAUUCUGGCAGAGGAUGACACCACAGGGAACUUUGAUGGUUCGAGACGAAGGCCGACCCUCAAAACCAAAAACAACAAGACAGAGCUGCUGAACCCAGAGGAGGGAGAGGACAACAUGGGGGACGCCGUAGGUUUUGCCCGUUCCAGCAUAAAGAGCGGUAAGGAUGGAGCCAAUUACAGCAAAAAGGAGCGGCGACUGCGAUUCUUCAUACGCAAAAUGGUGAAGACGCAGGCUUUCUAUUGGACGGUGCUCUGCCUGGUGGGUCUCAACACCAUGUGUGUGGCUGUGGUUCACUACGACCAGCCGGAGCUGCUCUCUGACUUCCUGUUCUAUGCAGAGUUUAUCUUCCUGGGUCUGUUCAUGUCUGAGAUGCUGAUUAAGAUGUACGGUCUGGGCGUCCAGCCCUACUUCCACUCUUCAUUCAACCGCUUCGACUGUGUGGUGAUUGUGGGCAGUAUCUUCGAGGUGAUGUGGGCCACCAUCAAACCAGGAGCAUCGUUUGGGAUCAGCGUGCUGCGAGCUCUGAGACUGCUCCGCAUCUUCAAAGUUACCAAGUACUGGGCUCCUCUCAGAAACCUGGUGGUGUCUCUGCUCAACUCCAUGAAGUCCAUCGUCAGUUUGCUCUUCCUCCUCUUCCUCUUCAUCGUGAUCUUUGCCUUGCUGGGGAUGCAGCUGUUUGGAGGACAGUUCAACUUUGAGGAGGGGACACCUUCAACUAACUUUGACACUUUUGCAGCAGCUAUCAUGACGGUUUUUCAGAUCCUGACAGGAGAAGACUGGAACGCAGUGAUGUACGACGGCAUCAAGUCCCAGGGAGGAGUCAAAGACAAAGGAAUGCUCUUCUCCAUCUUCUUCAUUGUCCUCACUCUCUUUGGCAACUACACUCUGCUGAACGUCUUCUUGGCCAUCGCUGUCGACAAUCUGGCUAACGCUCAGGAGCUCACAAAGGAUGAGGAAGAACAAGAGGAAGCAGCCAAUCAGAAGACAGCUCUGCAGAAAGCUAAAGAAGUUGCAGAAGUGAGCCCGCUGUCAGCAGCAAACCUGACUAUAGCAGCGAAGGAGCAGCAGAAGAACCACGUCAAGGGGAACAAAUCGGUGUGGGAGCAGAGGACGAGCGAGAUCCGGCGGCAGAACCUGAUGUCGAGCCGCGAGGCGCUCUACAACGAGCUGGAGCAGGAGGACUGGAAGGUGGGGGAGGGAGAUGAGGUGUCCUAUCCACGGAAAUCACGCGGUGAUAUAAAGACUCACCUUGACCGGCCGCUGGUGGUCAACCCACAGGACAACCGCAACAACAACACCAACAAAACCCAACCUGGUGAGCUGCCUCUGGACCAGGAGUAUCGGCGCCAGGACAUGGACCACCGCCGCAGAACAGCUCACCACUACCGCCACCACCAUCACCACCACCAGAGAGCUGCAGGGACGGACGUCGGAGAGGGGGGACAGAUGGCAGAGACCCGCAUGGAGCAGGGUUUGAGUUGCACGUCUCUGGGUAACGUCGAGGGCCAGCAGGGGGAUGAGAGGCACAGCCACAAGAGCCACAGGGGGCACCGACACAGGAACCGGGAAGGCAGGGAGGCUCACAGCGUGUCUCCACAUCACCAGAGCGCUGGGGGAGAAGGGAACCAUGAGCACAGGAGGUCGAAGCAGCACCGCAGGUCAGCCAGGGAGGGCGAGGAGGGCAGGAGACACAGAUCUAAGGGGACGGAGGGAGAGGGGGAGAAAGGCGAAGAAGGAGAAGGACGGAAGAUGAGACGGCAUCGUCAGUGCAACCAGGAGAAGAGCAGAGGGCAUCGCAGCAGAAAGGAGCACCACAGCACCUGUCCCAGCCUCUCCACCACCAGACCCAUACAGCAGUACAAUGAAGACCUGGACAACUUCCGCAACAACAGCAAACUGGCCAUCGCCCACGAGAACCCGUACACCCUCCCACCUGAUCACCCCGACCAUCCCGACCACGUCAACAACCUGCUGAACUGCCGUGAUUCCGACACCCACACCCUUCUCCACAGCAUGGACAGUCUGAUCCUGACCAGCAUGGCCAAACCCGAGUACACCAAGAUAGACAUGCCACCCGUCUACCCUUACCCCUCCACCAACGCCAUCCUGCAAGUAAACAAAAAUGCCAACACAGACCAGAAGAAGAGCGAAGAAAAGAAAGAGGAGGAGGACGAGGAAGGUGAUGAAGAUGGUCCCAAACGUAUGCCACCUUACAGCUCCUGCUUUAUAAUGUCCACCACAAACCCGUUUCGGAAAUGCUGUCACUACAUCCUGACUCUGAAGUAUUUUGAGUUCAGCAUCCUGUCCGUCAUUGCUAUGAGCAGCAUCGCCCUCGCCGCUGAGGACCCUGUCUGGCCCGAAUCACCACGAAACGAUGUGCUGCGGUAUUUUGACUACGUUUUCACAGGCGUCUUCACAUUUGAAAUGUUGAUCAAGAUGGUGGUGCUUGGCUUGUUUCUCCACCAGGGCUCCUACUUUCGCGACUUGUGGAACAUUCUGGACUUUAUAGUGGUUAGUGGUGCUCUGGUGGCCUUCGCCUUCACGGGGAGCAGCAAGGGAAAAGACAUUAGUACAAUCAAGUCCCUUCGAGUGCUGAGGGUGCUGCGUCCUCUUAAGACCAUCAAACGACUCCCCAAACUGAAGGCUGUGUUUGACUGUGUGGUCAACUCUCUGAAGAAUGUGCUGAACAUCUUGAUCGUGUACAUGCUCUUCAUGUUCAUCUUUGCUGUGGUGGCUGUGCAGCUCUUCAAAGGCCGAUUCUUCUAUUGCACCGAUCAAUCCAAAGAGUUUGAACGCGACUGCAGGGGCGAGUUCUUGGACUAUGAAAAAGAUGAGGUCAAAGCUCUGAAGCGGGAGUGGAAGAAGUGGGAUUUCCACUACGACAACGUGGCUUGGGCCCUGCUCACCCUCUUCACUGUGUCCACAGGAGAGGGGUGGCCAGAUGUGCUAAAACACUCAGUGGACUCAACCUUUGAGAAUCAGGGCCCCAGCCCAGGCUAUCGGAUGGAAAUGUCAAUCUUUUACGUGGUGUACUUUGUUGUCUUUCCCUUCUUCUUUGUAAACAUCUUUGUGGCUCUCAUCAUCAUCACUUUCCAGGAACAAGGAGACAAAAUGAUGGAGGACUACAGCUUAGAAAAGAAUGAGAGGGCCUGUAUAGAUUUUGCCAUCAAUGCCAGGCCUCUUACCCGCCACAUGCCAAAGAAUAAGCUUAGCUUCCAGUAUCGCAUGUGGCAGUUUGUUGUGUCUCCACCCUUCGAGUAUAGCAUUAUGGCUCUAAUCGCGCUCAACACUAUCGUCCUCAUGAUGAAGUUUUACGGUGCAUCGCAUACCUACGAUGAAGUCUUGAAGAACCUCAACAUCGUGUUUACCACCUUCUUCUUCAUGGAAUCACUCCUGAAGAUCAUCGCUUUCGGCCCUCUGAAUUACUUCAAAGACGCUUGGAACGUUUUUGAUUUUGUGUCCGUCCUUGGAAGUAUCACUGACAUUUUAGUGACAGAACUAGGGGAUAGCUUCAUCAACUUGAGCUUCCUGAGGCUGUUUAGAGCAGCUCGCCUCAUCAAGCUCCUGAGACAGGGAGAAACCAUCCGCAUCCUUCUGUGGACCUUCGUUCAGUCCUUCAAGGCUCUGCCGUAUGUGUGCCUGCUCAUUGCCAUGCUCUUCUUCAUCUACGCCAUCAUUGGCAUGCAGUUGUUUGGGAAUCUGGCUCUUGAUGAGGAGAGAAAGACAGCCAUUAAUGAUCUAAACAACUUCAGAACCUUCAUCAUGGCCCUCAUGCUGCUGUUCAGGAGCGCAACAGGGGAGGCAUGGCAUGAUAUCAUGUUGGCUUGCCUUGGGGGUAAAAAAUGCGACCCGAGAUCAGGGAACACUGAGAAUGAAUGUGGAAGUACCUUCGCCUACACCUACUUUGUCUCCUUCAUCUUCCUCUGCUCUUUUCUGAUGCUGAAUCUGUUCGUUGCUGUCAUCAUGGACAACUUUGAGUACCUGACCAGAGACUCGUCUAUCCUGGGGCCGCAUCACCUGGAUGAGUAUGUAAGGAUAUGGGCCGAGUACGACCCUGCAGCUUGCGGGCGCAUACAUUAUAAGGAUAUGUACAGUUUAUUGCGAGUUAUCUCCCCUCCCCUGGGCCUUGGCAAGAAAUGCCCACAUAGGGUGGCCUGCAAGAGGCUGCUGCGCAUGGAUCUACCGGUUGCAGAAGAUAACACGGUGCAUUUUAACUCCACACUCAUGGCUCUGAUCAGGACGGCAUUGGAUAUCAAGAUAGCCAAGGGCGGUGCAGACAAGCACCAGAUGGACGCAGAGCUCCGGAAAGAGAUGAUGGCUAUUUGGCCCAACUUAUCCCAGAAGACUCUGGACCUGCUGGUUACUCCACACAAGGCAGCCACAGACUUGACAGUGGGCAAAAUCUACGCCGCCAUGAUGAUCAUGGAAUACUACCGGCAGAGCAAGACGAAAAAGAUGCAGGCCCUUCGAGAGGAACAGCGCAUGGAGCCACCCUCAGAGGGAGGGGGCCCCGACAGCCAGGGGGGUCAGGGCCUGAACGGCCUCCCCAGCACCCAGCCGGACAACCUCAAUAGCAUACCUCCUGAGGGGGGCAUGACUGAGAGUCCGUCAUGGGUGACAGCCAAAGCCCAGGAAAUGUUCCAGAAGACGGGGAACUGGAGCCCCGACAGACCCUACCCCGAAGAUCUCCAUGACCGUCAUAACCCACAGAAUGUAGAGAUGAGGGAGAUGGGGCGGGACGGGUACUCCGACACUGAGCCCUAUCACCCAAUGGAUGGGCAUGGGCGGACCCUCUCCAUGCCCCGCCUCUCGGCAGACAACCAAACCAUCACCGACACAAGUCCGAUGCGUCGCUCCACCUCCAGCCUGGUCCAUGGGCGUACGGGCCGGGGCGUGAGGCUGGACGACUACUCCCUGGAGAGGGUGGUGUCUGAGGAAGGGAGGCACGGAGGACGCCGGCACAGAGACAGGAGCCACCGUGCCUCACAGCGCUCCCUGACCAGAUACACUGACGCAGACACGGGCCUGGGCACAGACCUCAGCACCACUACGCAAUCAGGCGACCUCCCACCUAAGGAGCGUGAGCGGGACCGUGGCCGGACCAAGGACCGUCGUCACCACCAUCACCACCACCAUCAUCACAGCUCCAUGGACAAGGAGCGCUACGGCCCAGACCGUCACGACUACCACAGGCAUCCCCACGACCGCCACUGGUCCAGGUCACCCAGCGAGGGGCCGGAUGGGCGAGGACAUCGACAGGGCAGUAGUUCGGUCAGCGGCAGCCCAGUCCCCUCGACCUCGGGGACCAGCACUCCACGGAGAGGCCGCCGUCAGCUGCCCCAGACCCCUGCUGUUCCCCGUCCGCAUGUCACCUACUCCCCCGCGGUCCGCAAGCCGAGCUAUGGCCCUCCGGGGCCUGGACGACUGCGCUCUCCUUCCCCGCGACACUUCUCCCCACCAGACCAUGACAGAGGCUACCACCACAGACCGCCAUCGCGACAAGCUUCUCCACAUCACGGAGGGUCCUCGUCUCGGCAUGGUUCGCCAAGAUCCCCUAGGCACCAGUCCCCACGUUCUCCGCUCCACGGCUCACCCAGAUCCCCUCAUCGAGGACGAUGGAGUGGGCCUCCGCCAGGGGACAGCCUGGAGGGUGACGGGCCCUUCUAUGAACGCGACUACGAGUACGAGCGGCACCAUGAGCCCCCUGCCUAUGAGCAGAGCUUAUCCCAUGGCAACCCACAUCCUCAUGGAGGCAACCCUCACCCACACCCACGCUCACCUAGGACUGCUCGCCAUGGGCCCCCACCGCCUCCCCACCCGCAUCCACGGAGGGUGCCUAAUGGCUACCGUUCAUCGUCACCAUCCCCACAUCGGCGGGGGCCACCUGGGGUGCCUCCCCAUCCGCACCACCGCCCUCCCCAUGCCCGUGGGCCCCGCAAAGGCCUUCAUGAACCUUACAGUGAGACAGACGAGGACGACUGGUGCUAGCAACCACAGGGAGUGAGGGAUACGGGCAGGACAAGAAGAGAAGAAUAGCCGCCUCUGGUGCUCUGGCCUUGGUUAUUUAGACUUUAGUAAAGCAAAUGUGUGGGGGAUUUUGGUGGGGUUGAAUGCCCCUUAGACCCCCCAACCUCCCCCUGAGACUCUUAAAGAGAGACAAAGGUAGAAGGGAUGGGGUUGAAGGUGCUGCAUAUUUUUCAGAUUUUGUGUAGGACUCAAAUCAAUGACAGAGCAGCCCGUGGAUAAAAGACAAAGCAGAGACAACCAAAAGGCGAGGCCAGGGCCCAGUACCUCUCCCUCUUUAGGUCUCAGAACUACAAGAGAGAGGUAAGGGAGGAGCAUGUAAGUGGCCAGGGAUGAUCGCGGUUUACAAGGCCUAGAAGCACUUCUCCCAGACUGUUGUGUGCUUGGUUACCAGAUGUUUGCUGUCUGUAGCUGGCCAGUCUGCAAACUUAAAAGCUUGAAAAUGAGCUGAAACGCGGAGUCCACGUCUUUGACUCUGCUUGACUUUUAAGAAAAAUAAAUUAACAAAAGCCAGGACCCCCCUACCCUUACAUGCCAAGCUAUGCCUCCAGAAAAUCAAACUUGAACAAUGAAGAACAACAAUGAAACUUUACAAACUAUGAAAAGAAAAAAAGGGAGAACAACCACUUUAUCUCUAAUCUUUUUCCUUUCCAAGGGACAGAACCAGGAAGCUCCGCCUAUACUGCAAAAACCAGCCAAAUCACAGCGCUGGCUGAUAUUUGAUGAGUUUUAUCAUCUCUGUUUACUGUUAAAGACUCACUUAAUGCUGACGGAACUGGUGUGACAUCACUUCCUGUCCGGUGUUGGUUGUAGUGGAGCGGGGCAGGGCACGGUGUUGUUUUACUUUCCUGCUCAAAGCACUAUGAACCAGGUGGGCUCAGGUAACUCAAAAAGGAGCUUCAAACUCCUUCCUGCUCUGUUACUUCAAGCGUCGCAAAGGAAAGGGAUGACCUGACAGGAAAUGACAUCACACGGGUUGAAUGAGGCGGAGGAGAGGAAAGGAGGGAUGGGGAAAAAGACUAAUUUCUUCAGUAUUUCUUCUAUUGAUUACUUCUCCUUCUUGUUCUUCUUGGACAUUGGAGCUUGGUUCUUCUGUUGCAUUCGCUCAGCCUCCUUUUGAUCUUUUUUGGAGUCCAAAAUUUGAUGGAAACCUGCAUGAUUGAUUAAAUACAUACUAGAGAGGAAAUCUAACCAGUGUGGGUGGGACCUGGGGCCUUUUUAGAAAACUUUGAAUUUAGGUUUACAAAAGAAGUUCUCUUCUUUCUGACUCUCUCUCUCUCCUACAGCUCAAAUGCUUUUUUGGUUUGCUUUUUACUUAAAAGAGGUUCCAGCUUAUGGCUAUUUUCUCUGUUUUCCGCCAACGCGGCUCAAAAGUUUCUAUCAGAGAAUCUCGUUGAGUAGGUGAGCUUGAGAAACAAGAGGGAGAUUGAGUAAGGAGAGACUUCUACCACACUUGAUUUCUUAUUUUUGAUGAUGAUAGUCUUAUGAAUAAUGAUAUCAGUGUCAAUGCAAAAUGACGAUGACAAUGAUGAUGAUGAUUGAUUGAUAUGUUGCUGUAGAUUUGUGGUCAUGUUAUUUGGAGUUUAAGUAUGCUAUGUCCAUCUUGUUUACAUCCAUUAUGUUCUGAUCCCCCUCCGUUCAAAGACGUUUACCGGGUUCCCGAUGCCUUCUUGCAGUGUUUGGUGCAGGGAUGGCUGAGGAACAAUCGUUUAGCAGUGUUGCGUGUUGUAACGCAACUCUUUAAGAUACACUCUAUUCAGAAGGUUGGAGGUCAGGGGAGCUUUGGUACCUGACUUGCAAGGAUUUGUGGGGUCAGUGCACUUCUCAAACCAACCCAAAGAUCAAGAUUUCAGGCUCAGAGGCAGGGCUGGACCAGAACAUUGAGAAAGUGGGGGAGUUAUUCUGCAGAGGUUUCAAAACAAGCCUGUUUUACAAAGGUUGAAAUCUUCCACUUGCAGCCAAAAAAACAACAACUCUCAAUGUUUCCCUCUGUCAGGUUCUGUAGCUUUGUAGUGAGAUUGAUUCCUGACAGCCCAGUAUAGGUGGUACAGUGUUGUUGUGCAUUUCUACUAUCAAUACAAGCUCAACUCGACUUGUCUGGACUCUUCACUCUAGGUUGGUUCGUCAUAGCAUGGCUGCAUUUAACUGCUGUGACACCCAACCAAUGAAUCCAACUCGGUGGCAAUGAGAGACAUUGAGGUGAAUGUAUGUUUGGGUCUUGGUACGAGGCUUUUGGCAAAGCAAGAGGAAAAGUUUUGAAUUUGGUUGACUGCAAGUCACAAGAUGAAAUUCUGUUGAACAGUACAGGAGAUUUCGGGAAUCUAGGACAAAGCCACAAACGAAUCAAGGCCUCCAUUCUUCUCAUUGCUCAUCAGUCUGCAUGCACAUGACUGAAACACUCCAGCCCUCACGGAUCAUCCACUCUGGGCAUUACGGACCUUAAAAGUCCUUUAGUCACUCUUAAAUACGAUCAGAUCAGAUCCAGUAUGAUAUGGUAGGAUGCGAUACAAUAUGCUUCAUUUUCCUGUAUCCAAAUUUCACAUGUUCACGGAGUUGCACAAAUCAAAAAAGAACUGGAACAAUAUGUUGUUGACAUAUAGCCGUAUGUCAACAACAUAGCCAUGGCUGAAUAAAGGCCUCCCUCAUUCCCAUUGGUCAGCAGUCUGGGUCGACUGGAUAAACCACUUCCAGCCUUCAUGGUUCAGUCCACUCUGAGCAUUAUGGUCCUCAGUAAUACUGUAGUCACUGUUAUAUGAUACGUUGUGAUCCAAGCAACAGCAGCAACGACUAUCCAACAGUUAACACAAAAUUCACAUGUGCAUUGAACAGCAAAUAUCAAAGAAGAACCAGGAUAUUAUUGCACAUUACCCAUACUGCAUAUAACAUGCAAGGGUAAAGGAUAAAGGGGUUGCAUUGCUGAGUCAAGAAGUAGCCAUGUGCAGCCAACGAUGGGCAUAGUAAAUCUUAGUAAAUCCUCUGGGGUCCAGUCAGUCCAUCCAGCUCUUGCUGGUUCCUCUUAUUGGUGACCUCAAAAAGAAACAUCUUGACUGUCCAUGGCUUGGGUUUGCAGCAAAUCCAUAUCUUAACACUCAAAAAAAAUGGUUGCUUUUGUCUGUAGCUUCACUGUCUAAAAGAGUCGCAUCUGAUUCUGUGUCUGCACUGAUGGUGCUUCUAGUGACUUUACGAUAGCCAAUCAGUGAUCGCAUGUCACUAUUGGCUUAGUCGCACAAACCUCUACCACUGUUGGAAUAUUUAAGAAACUGAGUAGAGUUGAGGCAAACUGAGUCAGACCUUGAUAGUAGAAAUGCACCACUGGUGUCAGUAUUAACUGGUGGUGUUUUCUUGUUUAACCACCAGGGGGCAGUAAUCAGCACACAUCUUCAGCCUGCCUUUCCCCCCUCGACAGGACAGCCUCAAGGCCCCAUCCUGGCUUCUAGACCUGGAGUGAAAUCCCUGCUUAGAUCUUUGUGAGACCCACCGACGAAGUCCAGUCCUAGUCAGGAAGCCUGGAUGGAGCCCUCGAGAUGCCAUAUCUGUCCGUUUGUCAGUCCAUCCUUUGUCUGCCUGUCUGUGCCAAUGCUGACCCCCAGCCCCCUCCGGCCCCCUCUCUCAGGUCUGGAUAACCAGAGAAAAGUCACCAAAUCACCAGUCCAAUCACGAAAGGUUGUAGCAAAACCGAAAUCUCCUCUGCCAAAACUCACUUCAGUAUCCACAGACCUCUCCUUCCUCAUCUAUCUGGAUAAAUUUCUGUCCAUUUGCUUUAAAAUCUGUUCUUUCAUCUUGCAAGAGAGCGACACUAAAGGCAUUACAGGACAGAUACACUUAGGAAUAAUAAUUUCAUCCUUAUUGUUAUGAGGGACAACAAUUAUUGAAUAUUCAAUAACUCUAGGACACAAAGAUGAUAAAGUAUAGAUAAAUAUAGAUGAUAAACUACAUAUAAAUCUAGAUAUGAUACAGUAGAUGUAGUUAUAGAUAACAGAGUUUUUAAUAAUUAGAGUUUCAGAGAUUUAUUUAUUUUGCAUACCGUUGAUGCUCAUGACACGGUCGAUGAUUUAGCUACUCUUGAAAACCUUGCACUGUUUUCUUCACAGUCGCUGAAGCCAGAAAAUGAACCCCAGUCCACGUGUUUUGACUAUGCAGACCUCAUAAGCGUCCUCAUAGUAUUCUUUGAGAGGAUUAACUGCAACGCUAUAAAAGGGAAAAAUAAUGAUUAUAAUAAUAAUAAUAAUAUAGAAGCACGCUGAUCUAUGAAAAUGUGAAGAUCGACACCAAGUUUGCACACGUCACUUGACAUCACACCCACGAUGAAACCUUACCCAUUCACGUACUUCCAGCUGAUCUGCUCCCCACCAUCGUCCCAAAAUGUGCUCCCUCCAGGCCUGGUAAUUUAACGUAGUGUAGUGAAGACUGGGAAAGUGGGGGGUUGUUUUAUUUUGUUCUGCAGGAGUCGUGGGACGCACACCCUAACCCCUAUGCCGUCAUCUCCCCUCCCUCAAGAGAGGCCAGGCAGGAACCCCUACAGAGCCACAGUGCCUUCUGUAUCUGUCAUUUCCACCCAGAUCUCCUCGCCUCCCGCCUAUCACCCCCAUGUACUCUCUGUAGUAGUUGAGAUCAACCAAACUACGCCUUAAAAGUCAAGCUGAACUGACUCCCAUGCUAGCAUAGAAGAGCAGAAAUGUGGGGAUUGAGGGAACUGCCAAGAGGCUAAACUUGACAUUUGAGAUUUUAUAUUCCAUAUCUUGUAUUAGCUUGUUUCAGCCUGCUGUUUGGUUCGCCAAAAACCAACAACAGCAACAGGUUGCACCAGUUAUGCAAAAGUUCAAAUGAAGCCCAGUUUGAACAGAAGUUCUCGAUUGUAGUAGAGUUUAUUCUCUACUAACAUUUAAGCCAUUGACUUUAGUUACAGUUUAAUCUUAAACCUACCUACAAGUAAAUUCCUUCUUAAAGCGUCCCGACCUUGGCCAAUGCCUGGAGAAACUAAGAAAAUGCCUGCAUAGGUUUUGAUUUUAUUUACAACCAAUUUAUUCACUGUCAAUAUUGGCCAUAUGUACAAAAUUUUUCUUCAGGCAGGAUUAAAGACCUUUGUCGGUUUUUCACUUUGUUCAUCCUUUUUCCUGGAACUUGAACCUCCUGAGACCUGAACUUUUGUUGGGAAAGCAUUUUUAAGUUUCUUCCAUUAUUUUGGGUUAUGUUGGACCUUAUAAGUCAAACCAUCAGUCUUGUCUUUGAAGAGGAAUUUAUCUGAAAUUUUCUGCUCCAAAAUCUCCCCAAAACAAUCCCUAAAAUAAACUAGAAAAGCACUCAGAGAGCGCAGACCUCCACCAUUAGCCCUUUCUCCCAAUAGUGAAGAAUACUUUAAAAAAAAUUC